GGUGGGCGGCAGCGGCGGCGUCCGUGGAACUUGCUGGGGGCAGAGAGCCCGCGGCGGCGGCGGCGGCUGCAGCGAAAUGGCGGAGACGGUGGCAGACACCAGGCGGCUGAUCACCAAACCACAGAACCUGAAUGACGCCUACGGGCCGCCCAGCAACUUCCUCGAGAUCGACGUGAGCAACCCGCAGACUGUGGGGGUCGGCCGGGGCCGCUUCACCACCUACGAGAUCAGGGUCAAGGUUGUAGUUCCCCCGCUCCCCGGGAAAGCAUUUUUGCGUCAACUUCCUUUUAGAGGAGAUGAUGGAAUAUUUGAUGACAAUUUUAUUGAGGAAAGGAAACAAGGACUGGAGCAAUUUAUUAACAAGGUCGCUGGUCAUCCUCUGGCACAGAAUGAACGAUGUCUUCACAUGUUUUUACAGGAUGAAAUAAUAGAUAAAAGCUAUACUCCAUCUAAAAUAAGACACGCCUGAAAUUUGGCAGGAAGAGGCAAAAAAAAAAAAAUCUGUGACCAUUAAUGAUUUCAUAUGCACCAGUGAAGAAGUUCAAACUAACUUAGCAUGCUGCACAGAAACUGGUAUAACAUGCCUUUGGUAUACUAACACUCAUAUGCUCAGUUUUAUUCUGUUUUGUUUGGGCCGUUGACAAGAAGUUAAUUUGCUUUAGUGAAAAUCCCUCACUCUAGCCUUUCUCUAUAAAAGGUCUUGCUGUCUUCCUGCGGUGCACACUGUAGCCUCACAAAUCGUCCCAGUGUAAUCUUUGGUGUCCUGACUAAAGUUGCUGACUUCGUCUUAUUUGCCCAGAUUUUGUGUCAUGGUUGCUUCUUGAAUCUGAUUAACUCAAAUAUUUCUCUUUCCCCUCUCAAUAUGUAAUGUCACUUGAUCUGAUUUAUGUGUAGGAGCACUACACCUGCGUUUCCAGUGCUGCACAUGUAAGAUACACAUUGUGUGCAGAACAUAUCUUCCUCCUGGCCUGUACUUCCCUUCACAUGGAAGAUUAAAGAGGGAAAUCUUUAUAUUCUGUAUAAAAACAAAAUCAAAUUUAUAUACUAAGAUCAUUUGUCUAAAAAUUUAAGUUGUUUUCAAAUAAAAAUAUAAAUGCAUUUCUGAUAUGCA